AUGGAUAGCAUGAUAUGGAGAAGGCUCCCUCAAAGGCUACUUGAUAGGAUCAUUGCCUUUCUUCCUCCUCCAGCCUUCUUUAGAGCUCGCUGUGUCUGUAAACGAUGGUAUGGUCUUCUCUUCUCCACUACUUUUCUCGAAAUGUACUUACACUUAUCUCCCAGAAGACCAUGGUUCCUCUUCUUCAACCACAAGACCCCAACCUCCAAGUCCAGCAUCUAUAGUACCAGUCACAGUCAUAUUCAUGAAGCCUACUUAUUUGAUCCUCAUGAAGGUUCAUGCUAUCGCCUACCCUUCCAAUCAGUACCGGCCGGUUUCUCGCCGGUGGCAUCCUCCGGCGGGUUAAUCUGUUUCAUCUCCGACGACCCCGGCCCAAAAACCCUAAUCCUAUACAACCCAAUUCUCAGAUCAAUUACACAAUUGCCACCAACUCAACGACCUAGGCUCUUCCCUUCGAUCGGCAUCACCGUGAGCCACACUCUAAUCAAGGUCAUGGUCUCCGGUGACGACCUAAUCUCGCCAUUCGCGGUAAAAAACCUAUCAUCUGAAAGCUUCCACGUGGAUGGUGAAGGAUUCUUCUCUUUGUGGGGCACCACAUGUCCACUCCCCAGGCUCUGUAGCCUUGAAUCUGGACGGAUGGUGUUCGUUAAUGGACGGUUCUAUUGUAUGAAUUAUAGCCCCUUUAGCGUAUUAGCAUAUGACGUGGCAGGGAAUGAGUGGUGGAAGAUUCAAGCGCCGAUGAAGAGAUUCCUGAGGUCACCGAGCUUGGUGGAGUGUAAGGGGAGAGUGGUUCUUGUGGCGGCGGUGGAGAAGAGUAAGCUGAACGUGCCGAGGAGCUUAAGGUUGUGGAGCUUACAGAGUUGUGGGAGGAGUUGGGUGGAGUUUGAGAGGAUGCCUCAGGAGCUUUACGGGAGGUUUAUGGAGGUAGAAGGUGGGAGAGGGUUUGAUUGCGUAGGACAUGGAAACUUUGUUGUUUUUACAAUUCAUGGGUCUCAUCAGGUUUUGCUUUACGAUUUCUACACCAAGGCUUGGCAGUGGGUACCCCAAUGCCCGUUUGUGGGAGGUGGUGGCGGUGGCGGUGGUGGCCGCGGUGGUGGCGGCGGUGGUGGUGGAUUGCAAUGCUUUGCUUACGAGCCUUUGCUUGCUACUCCGGCUAUAGGUUUCCUUGAACAGCCGUUAAUGGCCGCAUUUUAAUUACUUGGUGACUGGUCUGUUGUUAAGUAGCAUUGGUAGUAGGAGGAGGAGUAGUAGUUGACAGUAGCUUUGUUUUUUGAACUGUGUCAUGUAACUCAGCAGAUUGUUCUACCGAAGCAUUACAAGUAAAAUC